AUGGGGCUAUGGGUGCAUUUGGUUCAAGCUUUUUCCUGCUUCUUGAUUAAGGAAGCAAAUGCUACUUUUACUCCUGCUGAUAAAUAUUUGAUUGCUUGUGGUUCAGCCACUAACUACAUGGUGGGUGAUAAUUCUGGCUGGGAUAUUAGUACUGAUCUUGAUACAUGGUUACUAGUGUUCCAGUUUUCGAUGUAUCAUAGUGUGUAUGAGGUAAGAAAGGAGAUUUUUGAUAGGUGCAACAUAACAAAUACAGUAAAAUGGAGCAGUAAAGGCAAUACAAGUUUCCCAAUAACAGUGCCAGGGGACAGUUACUUCAUUUGCGGGAACAGGUUACAUUGCCUUGGAGGGAUGAAACUUGAUGUAAAUGUAGAAGAUAAUAUUAACAAGAUGGCUUCUCCAGCUUCACCGCCAUUACCUCAGGCCGGAGCCUCUAAUUUUCCUACACAUUCUUCUAAGACCAACAACCCUUCAACUAUGGUUCCUCGUUUGGCUAAUUUGCCCAACCAAGUUGAUUUAGAUUCUGUACUUGUCGCAACACUUGGGUUUCCCAUUGAUUCAUUUAUAUCAAUAUGUCCAACAUUAGAACUGAUACAACAGGGCUAG